CAUCAAAACGCGCAGCGCUGCACGGGGCGUUCGCGAGCACGCCUCGCAUGGUCUGAGCCGCAGGUGGGUCUCCCAUGCAUGGCCCGCCAUUGCCGCAGGCGGGCGGCAUCAAGAACCCCUUCGCCUGGAAGGAGGCGCUGACCCCGCAGGCGGUAUCCCCGGCCGUGUCUGCGCGGAACUCCCGCGCCGGGUCCGUUGCAGGCUCCAAUGCCAGCACCCCGCGGAAUCCGCCGACGCCGCCCUUGUCACCCGCACCAGGGUCUGCUGGCGGAUCCGCGCGAAGCGGUGGAUCCGGCAGGAGCGUUGGCUCCGGGCGCUACACGCCCACGCCGGCGGAGGCCUUUGUGUGCGGCAGUUACCCUGGGCCCUUCCCCGACUUGAGUGCAAGGACCUCAAACUUCUACACGCCGGAGCACUCCGUGCGAUCCUCCGAGUUCUCCUCGCUCUACGACGCAGGCUCCGCCCGUGCUGACUUUGGGAAUCCGGAGAGCGGUGUCACCUACAGCCAGCCGCUUGAACGACGUGAGGCCGCGGACCGGCGGAAGCAGAAGGCGGUGAUGGCCGCAGCCUUCGAUGCGUUCGCACCGCCGGCGCCACCGCCGCCUCCGCCCCCGCCGGAGGCAGCUGGAGGCGAGGACCUCUCCGAGGUCUCCCUGGAUCCGCGCCAGGUCUACAGUGCAGCCAGGCAUGGCAGGCACAAAGACGUGGAGUCGGCGUUGGAAGCUGGCUUCAACCCGGACUAUGCGGAUUCCUUCGGCAACCGGCUUUUCCACAUCGCAUGUCAGAAUGGCAACAAGAGGAUAGCGAAGCUGGCCAUCAAGUAUGGUGGCAACAUGGACGCGCAGAAUCAGAAAGGCAACACGGGGAUUCACUUCCUCUUUGCGUACGGUUAUCCGGACAUUGCCGAGUACUUCAUCUCCAAGGGCGCGGACGAGUCGAUUGCUAAUGAGACGGGCAAAACUGCCAGAGAGGGAAUCCGCUGAGACAGGCGCAAGAACUCGCCCGGAAUUUCGCUUCAGCGAACGCAAUUUCUGGGCGUGUGUCAAAAUGAAGUGACCCCCUUCUCUUGGCAUG